AACCAUGUUGCUGAAGGUACUAUUACUACUAAGUUUAUUCGCAGUGAUCGAAAUUUCUGCUAUUCCGCCUAAAGUUCGACUCUUGAACAGUUCAUUCGGCAAGCAAUAUCAACUGACUUAUACAUUUGGAUCCCCAAGACCUGGUGAAAUAUUAGCUUACGAUCAUACCUCCACCCGGCUCGAUUACAACUAUCCGAGUAGUGUCAGUGCUUGGGGUAAAACCGUCCAAGACCGCUAUCAUACCAUAAAUCGUGCUGAAAUUAUAGCGAUUCAAAGCUCUGUAACUGGCGAUGCAAGGAUAACAGAAGGUGGUAUUGGUCUAAAUGCGCUGCGUGUCGAUAUAAACGCCUAUAAUACUAUGCACUUCCAGUAUACCAUUAAGAUAUAUGCCGUCAGGGCAUUUUAAUAGCUGCUUAUAUUUUUAUAUAUAUAGCGUCUGUCCAACAGUCAAUUGCAUUUUUAAUAAACGCUUAUUACGUUUAAAGAGCUA